UAUGUUUUGUCUCUGAACUGUGAAUUCUGAGGCCGGCCGGCCACCUCAGUAGGAGUGUUGAAGGAGGACAGACGUGUCCUGAACCUUCACACCCCGGCCCCGAGGGACGCCUCGGUGGUGCUUGUAGAGGAGAACUGACAAGUUCGUCAGACUCCCCAAAUCCGAAGGCAGGCCUCCCCUGCCAUCUGAAUCUGAAUACCUGGCCGCGGCUCCUUGGUUGUUGUCUAGUCUGUGUUGUCUGGUCUGUAUCGACAUUGUAGUCAUAUUCGUGUGUGUGUGUGUAAGUGUGCGUGUGUGGACGCGUGGACAGGACGACACAGCCAUGGGACAGACACUGACUACUCCUCUAUCUUUGACUCUGACUCAUUUCUCGGACGUCCAGGCAAGAGCUCGCAAUCUAUCCGUUGAGGUUCGAAAAGGUCGAUGGCGAACUUUUUGUUCAUCGGAGUGACCCACCCUAUCUGUAGGGUGGCCCCGGGACGGGACUUUUGACCUCUUUGUUAUAUUACAGGUUAAGACGAAGGUAAUGGAUCCUGGACCACAAGGUCAUCCAGAUCAAGUGGCCUAUAUCCUCACCUGGGAGGAUCUCAUCCGGAAUCCUCCGGCAUGGGUGAAACCCUUCCUUCCUUCCUGCCCCACUUCUCAGUCUACCCUCCUUCCCCUGAAAACCUCCAAAAACCGAGCCUCAACCCAAACUCCAGAUCCGCCCAAACCGGUUUUUCCCGAUGAGUCCCAAAGGGACCCCCUCCUCCUAGACGCUUUGUCUUCGCCGCCCCACGCCCCCGAAGAGACUUCACCGCCCCACAACCCCCUCUUACUACCUCCACCCUAUAAUUCACCCCCGGCCCCCGUCUCCGUCCUGUCCCCGGUGCCCCCUACUUCCCCUCCUGCCUCCAGUUCCUCCUCCCCCUCCCCAACUUCUUUCCCCGCCUGUACGUCAGCCCCAUCCUCUACUCCAGCCCCACCCGAUCUAACUCCCCAGACCCCACCUCAGACCCCCCGCCUCCGUCUCCGGCGAUCGGACGACCCGAACGGCCCUCCCACUUGGCAAUCUUCCCUGUUUCCUCUCCGGACAGUCAACCGGACUGUCCAAUAUUGGCCAUUUUCUGCAUCCGAUCUCUAUAAUUGGAAAACUCAUAACCCUUCCUUUUCCCAAGAACCCCAGGCCCUAACCUCACUAAUAGAGUCUAUCCUCCUCACACACCAGCCUACCUGGGACGACUGCCAGCAGCUCUUACAGGUCCUUUUGACUACCGAGGAAAGGCAACGAGUUCUCCUGGAGGCCCGGAAAAAUGUGCCGGGGCCUGGAGGUCUUCCAACUCAGCUUCCCAAUGAAAUAGAUGAAGGGUUUCCCCUCACCCGCCCGGACUGGGACUAUGAAACGGCUCCAGGUAGGGAGAGUCUCCGAAUCUAUCGCCAGGCUCUGUUGGCGGGUCUCAAGGGGGCAGGGAAACGGCCCACCAAUUUGGCCAAGGUAAGGACCAUAAUCCAAGGAAAAGAGGAGAGCCCCGCAGCCUUUAUGGAACGGCUUCUAGAGGGGUUUCGGAUGUAUACUCCAUUUAACCCCGAGGCUCCAGAACAUAAGGCUACCGUGGCCAUGUCAUUCAUAGAUCAGGCAGCGUCUGAUAUAAAAGGAAAGCUCCAACGGCUAGAUGGGAUUCAAACCUAUGGGUUGCAGGAACUAGUUAGGGAGGCAGAAAAGGUAUAUAACAAAAGGGAGACCCCAGAGGAAAAGGAGGCUAGGCUAGCAAAAGAGCAGGAAGCACGGGAGGAACGAAGAGAUCGAAAGAGAGAUAAACAUUUAACCAAAAUCCUGGCAGCUGUAGUGACAGAAAACGGAACAGGAAAGUCAGGGGAAACGAAGAGGCGGCCCAAAGUAGGAAAAGACCAGUGCGCCUAUUGCAAAGAACGCGGGCACUGGAUCAAAGACUGCCCUAAGCGCCCCGGGAACUCAAAGAAACCUGCCUCUGUGCUCGCCUUAGGCGAAGAGAGCGAAUAGGGAUGUCAGGGCUCCGGAGCCCCCCCCGAGCCCCGGCUAACCCUAUCUGUAGGGGGGCAUCCCACCACCUUCCUGGUGGACACGGGAGCUCAACACUCGGUCUUAACCAAGGCAAAUGGGCCUCUGUCCUCGCGUACCUCCUGGGUCCAAGGAGCGACAGGAAGAAAAAUUCACAAAUGGACUAACCGCCGCACGGUUGACUUAGGGCAAGGGACGGUGACACACUCCUUUCUGGUGGUACCCGAAUGCCCGUACCCCCUUCUGGGACGAGACCUCCUAACCAAGCUUGGAGCCCAGAUACACUUCUCCGAAACGGGGGCCCAAGUGCUAAACCGGGAUGGCCAGCCUAUCCAAGUCUUAACUGUGUCCUUACAAGACGAACACAGACUUUUUGAAACCCCGGUCACCACUAACCUCCUCGAAGCCUGGCUGCAGGACUUUCCCCAAGCCUGGGCAGAAACGGGAGGGCUCGGUCGAGCCAAAUGCCAAGUCCCAAUCAUAAUUGACCUAAAGCCCACGGCAAUGCCUGUGUCUAUCAGGCAGUAUCCCAUGAGCAAGGAGGCUCAUAUGGGCAUUCAGCCACACAUUACUAGAUUUCUAGAGCUUGGGGUCCUGCGACCUUGCCGCUCACCUUGGAAUACCCCUCUUUUACCAGUAAAAAAACCUGGCACCCGGGACUACAGGCCCGUCCAAGACUUAAGAGAAGUCAACAAAAGGACUAUGGAUAUCCACCCUACGGUCCCCAAUCCCUAUAACUUGCUCAGCACCCUGAGCCCAGACCACACCUGGUACACAGUACUGGACCUAAAAGAUGCGUUCUUUUGCUUACCCUUGGCCCCCCAGAGCCAGGAACUGUUUGCUUUUGAAUGGAGGGACCCUGAAAGAGGAAUUUCAGGCCAAUUAACCUGGACCCGCUUACCCCAAGGGUUCAAAAACUCCCCCACUCUCUUUGAUGAGGCUCUUCACAGGGACCUAACUGACUUCCGGACUCAACAUCCAGAAGUAACUCUACUCCAAUAUGUGGAUGACCUUCUUCUGGCCGCCCCCACAAAAGAAGCCUGCAUACUAGGUACCAGACAUCUGCUCCGGGAAUUAGGAGAAAAAGGAUACCGGGCAUCUGCCAAGAAGGCCCAGAUUUGCCAAACCAAGGUAACCUACCUGGGGUACAUACUGAGUGAGGGGAAAAGAUGGCUCACCCCUGGGCGAAUAGAAACUGUGGCUCGCAUUCCGCCGCCCCAGAACCCCAGAGAGGUACGUGAAUUCCUGGGAACUGCUGGGUUCUGUCGCUUAUGGAUACCUGGGUUCGCUGAGCUAGCCGCCCCCCUCUAUGCCCUCACGAAAGAGAGUGCACCCUUCACCUGGCAGGAAAAACAUCAGUCAGCCUUUGAGGCCCUAAAAGAGGCCCUCCUCUCCGCCCCGGCUCUCGGGUUGCCAGACACCUCCAAGCCCUUUACCCUUUUCAUAGACGAGAAACAAGGAAUUGCCAAAGGAGUUCUAACCCAAAAAUUAGGGCCCUGGAAGAGGCCAGUAGCAUACCUGUCCAAAAAGUUGGACCCUGUGGCAGCGGGGUGGCCCCCAUGUCUUCGUAUCAUGGCAGCCACUGCUAUGCUGGUCAAGGACUCUGCCAAAUUAACCCUUGGACAGCCACUAACUGUUAUCACCCCGCAUGCUUUAGAGGCCAUAGUGCGGCAGCCACCGGACCGAUGGAUAACCAACGCACGCCUAACCCACUACCAGGCCCUCCUACUGGACACAGACCGCGUCCAAUUUGGACCUCCGGUUACCUUGAACCCUGCCACGUUGCUACCGGCACCGGAAGACCAACAGAGCGCACACGAUUGCCGGCAAGUACUGGCUGAGACCCAUGGGACACGGGAAGACCUUAAAGAUCAAGAGCUCCCAGAUGCGGAUCACUCUUGGUAUACGGACGGGAGCAGUUACAUCGACUCAGGUACCCGGAGGGCGGGAGCGGCGGUAGUAGAUGGCCACCACAUCAUAUGGGCACAAUCACUACCUCCUGGCACGUCUGCACAAAAGGCCGAGCUGAUAGCGCUCACCAAGGCCCUAGAACUAUCCGAAGGGAAAAAGGCUAACAUAUACACAGAUAGCCGAUAUGCCUUUGCAACGGCUCAUACACAUGGGAGUAUUUAUGAAAGAAGGGGCCUACUAACCUCAGAAGGAAAAGAAAUUAAAAACAAAGCUGAAAUCAUUGCAUUAUUAAAGGCCCUUUUUCUUCCCCGAAAAGUAGCCAUAAUUCAUUGCCCCGGGCAUCAGAAAGGACAAGACCCAAUUGCAACAGGAAAUAGACAGGCAGACCAAGUAGCCAGGCAAGUCGCUGUGGCAGAAACGUUGACUUUGACCACAAAACUUGAAGAAACCAAUCUUACGACCAACAAAUAUGCUUACACCCCAGAAGACCAGGAAGAGGCAAAGGCCAUAGGGGCUAUACUGAAUCAGGACACUAAAGACUGGGAAAAAGAAGGAAAGAUAGUCCUUCCCCGAAAGGAAGCCCUGGCAAUGAUCCAACAAAUGCACGCCUGGACACAUUUAAGUAAUCAGAAGCUGAAGUUACUGAUUAAAAAAACUGACUUCUUAAUCCCUAAGGCAGGCACCCUCAUAGAACAGGUAACCUCCGCCUGUAAGGUCUGUCAACAGGUAAACGCUGGGGCUACCCGAGUGCCGGAAGGAAAACGGACUCGUGGUAACCGCCCAGGAGUCUAUUGGGAAAUAGACUUUACUGAAGUAAAGCCUCACCAUGCGGGGUAUAAGUACCUAUUAGUGUUUGUAGACACCUUUUCAGGAUGGGUAGAAGCCUACCCCACCCGACAAGAAACGGCACACGUGGUAGCCAAGAAGAUUUUAGAAGAAAUCUUCCCCAGAUUUGGACUUCCCAAGGUAAUCGGGUCAGAUAACGGGCCGGCCUUCGUUUCCCAGGUAAGUCAUGGGCUCGCCAGGACACUGGGGAUUAAUUGGAAAUUACACUGUGCAUAUAGGCCCCAGAGCUCAGGACAGGUAGAAAGAAUGAAUAGAACAAUAAAAGAGACCCUUACUAAAUUGACCUUAGAGACUGGCUUAAAAGAUUGGAGACGCCUCCUAUCUCUGGCUUUGUUAAGAGCCAGAAAUACGCCCAACCGUUUCGGGCUCACCCCGUAUGAAAUCCUUUAUGGGGGACCCCCCCCUUUGUCAACCUUGCUCAAUUCCUUCUCCCCCUCCGAUCCUAAGACUGAUUUACAAGCCCGACUAAAAGGGCUGCAAGCGGUGCAGGCCCAAAUCUGGACACCCCUGGCCGAACUGUACCGGCCAGGACAUCCACAAACUAGCCACCCAUUUCAGGUAGGAGACUCCGUGUACGUCCGGCGGCACCGCUCUCAAGGAUUGGAGCCUCGUUGGAAGGGACCUUACAUCGUCCUGCUGACCACGCCCACCGCCAUAAAGGUUGACGGGAUCGCCGCCUGGAUUCACGCAUCGCACGCCAAGGCAGCCCCAAGAACCCCUGGACCGAAAGCUCCCAAAACCUGGAAGCUCCACCGUUCGGAGAACCCUCUUAAGAUAAGACUCUCCCGUGUCUGACUGUUAAUCCACCCUGUCCCUGCACAAACCCAAAAUGAAACCCCCAGCGGGAAUGGUCUUUCUGUGGGUCCUCACAAGCUUGGGGGCGGGAAUUGGAGCUAAAAUUGUCAAAGAGGGGAACCCACAUCAGGUUUAUACCUUGACUUGGCAAAUCUACUCCCAGAGCGGGGAAGUUGUCUGGGAGGUCCAAGGUAACCAUGCGCUUAAUACUUGGUGGCCCCCACUUACCCCUGAUUUUUGCCAGCUGGCAGCUGGAUUAGACACUUGGGAUAUCCCAGCUAGAAGCCCCAAGAACCUGCAGUCCUACAUGGGGACUCCGAUGGUACCUACCGGGAAAAGAUAGGGGGAUUGUUCUAAAAAUCAAAUUAAAAAUAGAUACAAUCACCCAAACCGUAGGUCCCAACCUAGUAUUGGCCGAUCAAAAAGCUCCGGUCCAGCUAGCCAUCCCAGUCCAGCCACCAAGGGCCCCAACUCAGACACCGGGAAUUAACCCUGUUAAUUCCACUCUAAGCCCCAGUCUAGGAUACCCGACCCCCCCCUCUCGACCGGGCACAGGAGAUAGGCUCCUAAACCUUGUACAAGGGGUAUACUUAACUCUCAACCUUACGGCCCCAAAUCAAACUCAGGACUGUUGGCUCUGCCUAACGGCUAAACCCCCUUACUAUCAGGGAGUUGCUAUAAUUGGGAACUUUACUAACCAUACGAAUGCCCCACUGAGAUGUAGCACUACACCUCGACAUGGCCUCACUUUAACUGAAGUCACCGGUCAUGGCCUAUGUAUUGGGAAAAUUCCACCCUCACACCAGAAUCUCUGUAGUCAGACCAUACCAUCUGUCGGGCAGGGUCCCUAUUAUUUGACCGCUCCCAACGGAACGUACUGGGUCUGUAACACCGGACUCACGCCAUGCAUCUCGCUCCAGGUACUCAAUAAUACUGCCGACUAUUGCAUCCUAAUUGAACUUUGGCCAAAAAUCUUCUACCAUGACUCAGAAUAUAUUUAUGGCCACUACGAACCCGGCGGCAGAUUCCGGAGAGAACCAGUUUCCCUCACCGUAGCACUGCUCCUAGGGGGAUUAACUAUGGGAAGUUUAGCAGCUGGCAUAGGGACAGGCACCGCAGCUCUCAUAGAAACUAAUCAGUUCAAGCAGUUACAAAUCGCUAUGCAUUCUGACAUACAGGCACUAGAAGAAUCCAUCUCGGCACUAGAAAGAUCCCUAACCUCCCUCUCAGAAGUGGUUUUACAAAAUCGGAGGGGACUUGACCUGUUGUUCUUACAAGAAGGCGGGUUAUGUGCUGCCCUCAAAGAAGAGUGCUGCUUCUAUGCUGAUCACACAGGAAUAGUGAGAGACAGCAUGGCCAAGCUGAGGGAGAGACUCAAACAAAGACAAAAGCUGUUCGAAUCUCAGCAAGGCUGGUUUGAGGGGUGGUAUAACAAAUCCCCCUGGUUUACCACUCUAGUCUCCUCCCUCAUGGGCCCUUUAAUACUCCUACUAUUAAUACUGAUGUUCGGACCUUGCAUCCUCAACCGCUUGGUACAAUUCAUAAGAGAAAGACUCUCUGUCAUCCAGGCCUUGGUCCUAACUCAACAGUACCACCAACUAAGACAAUUUGACGCAGAAAGGCCAGAUACAAUCGAAUGAAAGGUUUCAUUCGACGCCAAAAGAAAAUGGGGGAAUGAAAGACCCCUGCUUAGCUUAAUAACACACCCCCACCCUAUCUUCAGUUCCGUAACGCCUCACUUGCAGGGCUUGCACUUCCACCAGU